AUGCAAGACUUCAAGGAACGCAAGCUCGUCACCGACCCCCAGAAGGCAUUUCACUUCACAGAUCUCCAAAGACUAAAGCCAACGCGUGCGAAUGAUCCAUACGAUUAUCAAGCAGGAUGGGGAAAUCGACACCAGUCGGAGGUCAUUCCAGGCACUUUGCCCGUUGCCCAGAACAACCCUCAAGAAGUCCGAUUCGGACUUUACACUGAAGGCAUCACAUAUUCCGCAUUCGCAGCUCCACGUGCCCACAACUUCAGUACUUAUAUGUACCGAUGCAGACCAGCAGCAGCUCAUAAGGGCUACAUUCCGAUUGAGACAAAGUCAAACAUCACAAACUGCUUCUUGUCCAUCAAUCCCAAAGUCGAGACACUUCCUGAGCAGGCAGAGUGGCAUCCGUUCCCAUUGCCGAAAGAAGAUGAGAAGAUUGACUUCGCCGAUGGUCUACACACACUCUGCGGCAGUGGGGACCCAAACAUCAAGGAAGGUCUUGCGUUGUACGUAUACAUGAUCAACUCUAGUAUGGAACGACGAGCAUUCUGCAAUACCGACGGCGACUUCCUCAUCUGCGCGCAGCAAGGCAAUCUUGACAUAAAGACUGAGAUGGGAAAGAUCUUCUUGCAGCCUGGUGAGAUCUGUGUCAUACAGCGCGGCAUUAGGUUUUGUCUGAACUUGGCCCCGGAUACACCGGUAGCGCGUGGCUAUAUCACAGAAGUUUGGGGCUCUAUGUGGGAGCUUCCAGAUCUUGGCCCACUAGGCGGCCAUGGUCUUGCCAAUCCUCGCGAUUUCCUCUACCCUGUAGCUGCUAUCGAUGAUGAUUUGCAUGUAGACUGGCAGAUCGUCAACAAGACCAACGGUCAACUCGUGGCGAUCCAACAAGACCACAGCCCUUUCGAUCUUGUCGCAUGGCACGGCAACGUUGUUCCGUACAAGUACGAUCUCACAAAGUUCUCGUCACAGAACAGCACAUCCAUCGACCACACUGAUCCAUCGAUCUUCACAGUCCUCACAGCCAAGUCUCGUGAUCCUUUAACACCACUGGCAGACUUCCUCUGGUUUGGCCCAAGGUGGGACGUUGCGACCAACACUUUCCGACUGCCUUACUUCCACCGCAAUUCGGCAUCGGAAUUCCUCGCCUGUCUAUACGGACAAGGUCUUGGACGAAGCGACGAUUUCCGACCCGGUGGAGGAAGUUUCGAGGGCGGCCACACACCUCACGGUGGAUUCCACGAAGGAUACCAGCAUGGCAUGCGAAUACACGAGAGUCAACCGGAGAAGAUACUCACUGACCAAUUAACCAUCAUGGUCGAAUCAAGUCGUCUUUUCCUCUUUACUGAGUACGCUCGUAAAGGCUGUGGAACGAUCGAGACCCGGGGUACCGACUACAAGGUCUGGGAUGCCCUUCCGGAUCGCUUUUCUACCAACAAGAGAGCCCAGGAGUUGCUUGCACGGAUCAAGGACGACAAGAUCGCUGAGAAAAAGAGACUGGCACCAUAUUAUUUUGGCGGUUUUUCGCACGGCGCAAAUACCAGCAACACAGAUGGCGUUCAUGCUGACGAGUUGAAGCAAUAUCUCAGCUCCGACUCAAAGGCCAACGGAACGAACGGCCCAUACUGUACUCAGAUACUUGGAGAUCUUGGGGCAGAUGUCAUUAAGAUCGAGCACCCUACACGAGGCGACGAUACACGGUCCUGGGGCCCACCAGAUGCACCAUAUAUCGAUGGCGUCGAGCGUCAGUUCCCUGGCGAAAGCGCGUACUACCUUUCCGUAAAUCGCAACAAGAAAUCGGUAGGAUUAGCUUUCAAUAAUCCCACCGGAAUCUCCAUCCUGCAUAGACUCGCCCAGGAAUGCGACGUACUUGUCGAAAACUACCUACCCGGAUCGCUUGCAAAGUACCAGCUCGAUUACGCGACGCUUGCGAAGCUCAACCCUUCCCUUAUAUAUGCAUCUGUUACCGGCUAUGGACAAACAGGACCAUACCGCGACCGCGCGGGCUACGACGUGAUGGUUGAGGCGGAGAUGGGCUUGAUGCACAUCACUGGCGAGCGGGACGGGCCUCCAGUCAAGGUUGGUGUAGCGGUUACGGAUAUUAUGACUGGCAUGUACACUGUGAUUGGCAUCCAAGCGGCAUUAUACUCGCGGAAAGAAACUGGUUUAGGCCAGUGGAUCGAUGCGAGUUUGAGCGACGUGCAGGUUUCGGGGUUGGCAAACAUUGCGAGCAGUGCGCUGGUGACGGGCAAAGGCGACAGUGGACGAUGGGGAACCGCACAUGCGACAGUAGUACCCUACCGAGCUUACAAAACGAAAGACACGAACAUCGCAGUAGGCGGCUGCAACGACCGCCUCUAUGGCAUCCUCUGCGACAAACUACAACGUCCAGAAUGGAAGACUGAUCCUCGCUUUCUUACAAACGCGCUCCGCGUCAAACACCGCACAGAAAUUGACACACUCGUCGAAGCCGAACUCAUGACCAGGACAACGCAGGAGUGGCUGGAAAUCUUCGAAGGGAGUGGGAUGCCCUAUGCGGCUGUAAAUGAUAUCAAGGGCACGAUUGAGCACGAACAUGUUCUAGCGCGUAAUAUGAUUGAAGAGGUCGAUCAUCCAGCAGUGGGCAAGGUGAAGCUUGUCAAUCAUCCGGUCAAAUAUUCGAGAGCUGAGCCGCGGAUCAGGAGUCCACCGCCACUGUUAGGACAGCAUACAGAUGAGGUUCUAAGGGACAUGUUGGGCUAUGGAGAAGGCGAGAUCAAGGAGUUGAGAGAGAAGAAGGUUGUUGCGUAG